AUGCUUCUUACAACCAAGGUGCUUCUUCCGUUGGCGCUCAGCGCGACGGUCCUCGCGAGUAACUUUUGCCAGUGUGAGCAUCAGGAUAGCUCAGGAAUCCCGAUCAAACUCUCAGGCAUUCAACAAGUCUGUGACAUAUUGGACAGUGACGCCUGGUGUGCCACGAAUUGCAACUUUGUCGGGACCAACUGUGACUACUGUCAAUGGAAAUGGGGUGGAAAUGGUCCUGAUAAGGAUUACCAGGCCCUGAAAUCCUGGUGUUUCCAGCAAAGCACAUACGAUCCUGCAAGCAAGAAAUGGCUUAAAGGAAACAGCGUGAGCUGCUACGCCGCCGGCAAAGAAGCGCCCCAACAAACUUUUGGGAGGGGCUGCUACCACGAGAACAACAAUACCCCACGGCCGGCUUUACCAGGAAGAUUUGUGGCAAUUUUCUACACUAGCCAACGCAAUGAAUAUACCAUCGGUUGCUAUGGGAUCACAUCAACAGCUCGAGAUGAAAUUACUAAGAAUUAUCUGGCCUAUAAUGGCCAAUGCAGGGAUCUCGGCCUGUAUGAUGGCGACACUCAUUAUGUAUCCUGUCCUUAUGUCUCGCAAAAUGGUGCCCACGACGGAGCUGUUGAAUUCAUUAAGAAUGCCUGUGCGACCUCCAAGGGUGGCAGAGAUGACGCGCCCGGUAUAUUCAACGUCACGAAAGCGACCUCUUAA